CGGGGAUGAAGAGCCAUUUAAUGAGAGAGUUCAAUAACAGUGACUGUUUGAAUAUCGCCCAUUGACUGACUGAUCGGUAUCGAUUACUUAAGCUGUUAUUGUACAUUUGCCCUCUACCAAGCAUGGUGUCGGAUUACAUCGGUUCUGUACACACGUGUGUUGUUGUUACGUGUACACGUGUGUAAUUGGAGAUGUUCAUAAAAACUGUGGGUUCAAUUACGUUUGAAUUAUCUUGACCCCCUCGGCGGACCCUAUUUACCAAUAAACGUCCCUACCAAGCCUUUUAACCGCCGAAGUGUGACGGGUUUAAAUGUGUAUAAUUAUUCCCUGGGUCGCGUAUAUGUUUGUAACAAGUAGGUCCUUCGGAACCAUGCCUCGUAUUAUAUACGCAGCCUUGGAACCGUAAGUGCCCUAAUUUGGCAAAUUAAGUAUUCUAUAGAAAUCGCGUGAAUUUUGAUCGAAAUUUGACAUUGAUUACAAUAUAACAUAUACUUUAACACCAGCUCUUCCAACAUGGAUUAUUUAAAUGUGUUUACGGUCUCCAAGUACAGGAUUACAAACGUUGGAUUAAUAUCAGUCCGAAAGUGAUUGUCAGAAGCGCGUGAGCACGAGUCACUACUAUAACAUUUUCUCGUUAGCGUCCAGUUUAAUCUGCAAAAGUGGACGAAUUCAAGGACAUUGAUGCUCUCAAGAUGAAGCUGUGUGAAGAACUCAAACAAUGGAAACUUCAUUUGCCUAAUCAGUCAUACAUGUUACCGACUAUGCCUAAACGGAAAUCCCGACAUAAAGUUCGCCGGAAACGGAAACCACCGGACCCUCCAGAGAACGUCACCAUCACUUUGAAUGACACAGGCUCACGGACAGUUGUUGUGAAACGAGCAGUCCCUAAAAGAGAAAAGCAAAUCUCAAGAAGACUAAGCGUAGAGGAAGGAGGCGAAAGUGGGACCGGAAAUGGCCGUUCACAAAAUAUAUCUACACAAACGACACUUCAUGACCUUGAAUUUCUCCUGACGGACCCCCGGAUUAGGGAGACGGGGCCUAGAGGGUCGUCAUAUCCCGAUGAGGUGACUUAUACCCGUCAGGCCACCGCCCACAGGACGUACCGGACGGGGGUCACCACCUUGAAGGUAGAGCAUAGGACCACUGAUAAUAUUGUCGUCCAAAUUGACACACCGCGCGGACGACCGGACAAUGGCUUAGAUAACGGACAAAAGGGAAAUAAAUACAGAGUAAGAGAAUGUAGAAAAGAGGAGGAAGAUGAAGAGAGAACGGAUAAAGAAGAAACAAACAGAAAAUGUUCAAAUAGUGCCAAAAGAACGACAUUCGCAGACGAAGUUGUGAAUAUAAAAUUAGAGGCGGAUAAGGAAAAGACGGACGGAACGGCAAAGGUUCGCGCACCUAGCAAGGUGGCAAAAGCGUGUGGACACCGACUACCGAUGAUUCGUGUAGGAGGAGGGUGGAUGGAAGUCCCAGACUAUCUUCGUUUUCACGUACCCAUGCACGUGCACGCCGAAACUACAAAAGAUGGCCAGGAAGGGAAUUUGAUAAUUAGGUCACAGCGACCUAGGUCACAGCUUUUCUCAAAGAAGGGAGAAAGCCCGAGCUGGACUGCAACGUUAAGUAGAGGAACUAAAGGAAGUGCCUCGACGACAAUGAGGCAAAGACUUCUGUAGGAGAAGAAACGGUGAUGGAAAUAGGUCAGUGUGACCUAUAUACUAGAAAUGUCGGUUAUCCUUAUAUCGGCAUAACGAAAGCAGGUCACCGAUGCCUGGGGCAGAUAUACUGUAGCAACCUGUUAUGGUUGAAUGAGGUCAGUGUGAUCUAUGUUUGUCAAAAGUAGGUCAGUGUAUCUUAAAUGAGAGAAUUAAGUCACUGUGAUCUAUGUCAGAAGUAGGUUAGUGGAUUUUUAUGGGAGAAUUAGGUCACUCUGAUCUCAGUGGCAAAAGUGGUUCAAUUUGGUACAUGUUUGGCGGACAUAAGUCACGGUGGUCACUUUGAGAGGACAGUAUAUUGAGAAAAACUCGGUGUGACGUGGCUGGCCUUGACCUCUUGGGUCUAAGGUAUAGGAUUUGCUGUAAUAAGGUAAAAUGAAUAUGGUCAACGCCGUAUCAGCACCACGUCGUGAAUAUAUCACGUGAUCGCAUAAAAGUUUUUUUAUUUUACAACAAUUGCAAAACAAGUUAUACUUACUUAUAUUAACCACUCUUGUUGGCCCGGAUGGAAGUGUGCGAGGGGAUUGUGCUGUGGGAGGAAAACGGAGUACCCAGAGAAAACCCACGUGGUCGGGCAGGUGACGCCAUACCUUUCCACGUCCGAUCUGAAAAUCGAACCCCAGUCGACUAGGUGAAAGGCAAAUGUGUUACCACUGUGCCAUUCGACCACCACGUGAUAUAAUGACGCAUGUUGAUUGGAUACAUGAUGCUUUCAGAUGACAAUCACGUGAUAUAAUACUACCCCAUUAGAAAACACUGUCAACAAUCAACAACGCAAUGCUAGGAUAUAAUGUUCUAAAGCCUCUAUUACUUUCUGGUGAUGACACUGACAUAUCUGACUGUCAAAAUAAAGCGCUCUGGAUCAAACGUAAUAUCUUCGCCAUAUAGACUAACUUCACGUAAACUUUAUUUAUUUUACAACAAUUGUGAAACAAGUUUAACCCGCUUAUGUCAAUAAUUCUUGUUGGUCCGAUUGGAAGCGCGCGAGAGGUCUUACUGUUGGAGGUAACCGUCCCACGUGGUCGAGCAGAUGAUCCCCAUAUACAUUUUCACGUCCGAUCGGGGAAUCGAACCCCGGCCGCCUAUUAACACCACUGUCCUAUCCACCACUCAAUCUCCGCCAUUUUAUGUUGACAUUAGGACACAGUGUUCUGUCUGUGACUUUCCCUUCAUUGACGUUAUUGUGGAAACGAGCGUGAGAUUUUAACUCCAUUGAUAUUAGUAUACAGCCAUGUUUCCUUAUUUUGAUGUCAAAAUGAUGUCUUGUAUCUUUUUUGUUUAUGCUUGAUUUAAACCUUAACAACUUUGUUUUAUGUUUUAUACUUCAAUAAAUUUUCUUUUUUAAUCUAA